AUGCUGCUGGAGCAGGUGCUGGCACAGCAGCCGGCAAUAGUAGUGCAGGUAGCAACACAAAUCCUUCGACUAGCUCUAGUACAACGUCUAGCACAGCUGCUUCUGCUGGUGGAUCUUCUACUUCCGCAGCAGCCGUAUCGACUCCAGCGCCAAGUGGUAAGCGAAGUAGUAGCUCUUCGGCCAUACUAGAUGCCUCGAAACCAGGCUCAGGGUCGGGAGGAGGGGAACUGCAGCAAGACGAGCAGGGCAUAACAACUACCAGAGCCACAGUGACUACCGCAGCAGCGACGAGAACACAGGGUGUCUGGCACUGUGUCGAGGUUACACCCAGGAUAUAUCCCGGUGGCGGAGAGUUCGUUACGUCACUGGAGAAGUUGAUGCCAAAUCAGACCUUUCGAGCACGCGUGGAGCUGAUCCCUAG